GCUGCAAAAAUAGAGAAAAUUAGAAAGGGGACAAAUACUUUGUACUUUUUACAGCAUUAUAGGAUAGAGCUUGUGCUAUAUCCUAUGCUCAUGUGCUACAAUUUGCCUCAUGUCCAACGUUAAUCCCAUUAGAUGCUGCCGUAUGUUCACAUUUCAGCUGUUGUCACAUGCUGCCAUGUCUUGUAUUCCACUUACAGUGCCCCACAUGCUGUUGUAUCUCCUGUUCCACAGACAGUCUGCAUACAUGCAGCAAUGUGUCUUUUUUUACUUGCUGUCCUCAUACAUGCUGUCUCCUGUCCCCUCUUAGUCCCUGACAUACUUCCAUGCUUGUAUGCUAUGAAUCCCAUUUCAUUUAUUGUUCCUAAGUACUUUCAUAUGUCUUCUGUUCCAUUUAUAGCACCCCACAUGCUUCCCGGCUGCUACAGCCUGAAGAGGCCCUUCAUCCAUGGGACGGAGUUCAGUUCCUCCCAUUAUCCAAGCAAGCCACCGACCACUGAAGCUUACUCAUUCCCACUGGAGGGCAAGCCUCUCACCUAUGACCCAUCUUCCACAACAAACUAUCCCAUGGACAAGGACAAUUACUACCCAGAACCCUUUGGGGAAUAUCGCAGUAGCACCUACCCCACUGCAGCUGGUGCCCUGUUCACCCCAUCACUUUCUUCUCUGAUUCCAGCAUACUCUGGAGACCCAGCCCAUGUAUUUCUGAGAGAGUCCUGGGAACAGCCAGAGGCAGAUCCAGGGAACCAGAUGGAGGGCUUCUGCACUGAGGUACUGGCCCCUGUGCCAGCGCAAUCCUCAUCUGUGAUAUCCACGAGCCCAGAGCCCGGAAGCCCCUCACAGUGCCGGACGUCAGGACGGAGCACAGGCCUACCCUCCCCGCAGCUGUACCCACUCCAGCCUUUGGAGGAGGCACACUACUCUGCUGCCUACCUUCACCACCACAGCUACACUGGAGCCCCUUACUCAACAGUCUCUACUGACCACACAUCAAGAAUGCCCCCACUUUCCAUCGAGGAGCCUGACAGCACCACAGCUACACACAGUAACGCCCACUGUUGGGCUAACGAUGACACUGGUAGUUCUUGGUCUCUGUACGAAUUCCGGAAGGCCUUCUGAUCCAGCUUCACGUAAAGAAACUAAACAGCCAUGGAGCAGAGAAACGUUACAAUAUGUACAAAAUAAUAGCGAUUGCUCUGCCACAGUCACAGUGCCAGCUCUCUCUACCAUUGCUAAAACACAAAAAUGUUCUCUACUUUUCUACUGUAAAGUACGGUAUACUUCAAAUGCAAGGAAGAAUGUAUCACAGUGCGUGUUAAACACCCACUAGGGUUUCUGCAUAAGAUAAUACAUUUCAAAACUGCAGAUAGUAUUUGGGGGUGCACAACAGUUUGUAGAACUAGUAAUGCAUAAAACUCUAAGCUAUUACACAGAUUACCCAAGCUUACUUCAAUAUUCACUAUGUUUACCAAAAGUAGUUUUUAGAGACUCACGGUGCUUAUGUUCCUGAACAGAACGUAUUGCUUACAAAGUUCUCCAAGCACAACGCUGACCCUAACUCAUCGUACAUUGAUGUGGAUAGCAAUAACUGAAUUAUCAGUUACAGUCACAAUAAUUUUGCAGAAUGUCUACACUUAUUUAGACCUGCUCCUCCGACCAUUUCUCCAGUUUUAAACAGUCACAGGUGGAUCAUGUUUCCAGCAGACGCUCAGAUAAAGGACCUUCUCAUGCAUUAGCAGAACACCUUACUGGGUCUUUUGGUAAGGACUUCAACAUCUAACACCUUAUUGCCAUGCCAACCUAUCGAAGGAAUUAAAAAUGACAACCUUGCAUACAGCUCCUUUAACCACGAUGCUACACACACACACACUAAUAUUUACCUAUGUCUGUCUACAUGUCUGUUGAGAUAUACUUCUGAAAAGUUGGUUAAAUACAACAUUUAAGAGCUCGGAUUCUGUUAUGUCUUCCGUUAAGUAUCAGGGCUAACACACAUAAACUUAGGGAUAUUGAAUGUUAUAUUCCCAGAAUUUCAGUCGAGAAGAAGGGUUGUCAAAUGUGGAUACA